AUGUCUGUGGCUAAGGGUGAGGCCAGCGGCGACGAAUUUGCUCUGUGCGUUACGCAGCAUACGCUAGCAUGGUUUGAAGAAACCAGCAGUGGUGCCCUCAUGUGCGGCAUCAUCAUGAAAGGCUUCGUAGCUUACACGGUCGACCAAGGUGGGGCUCAGAAUGACGUAUUUUUCAACAUUGCGACUUCCCUCUGCGGAUACCUUCAGGUGGUUGCCGCGGCAAGUCCAUUGAUGAGCCUGCUCGAAGCAAAGGGACCAAGAAAGUUGGUCAAUGCGUCAGAACUCAUGUUCCUGGACCGCCUGCUGGGCCUCCUCGAGGCCGAGCAGUUGCACGCUCGAGAUCUUGCCGUUGUUUCGGGCACUCUCGUCACCCUGGAAGUUCCAGAUAGUGGCUACGGCGACACGCUGGAUACUGCGAGCCCUGGCGCAGCUAUCUUGCGGUAUGGAGCAGAUGAUUUCAAGUUCACUUAUGGCGCCUCAGCUGUCGGUGCCGACAUCUUUGGCUGUGACUGGUCGGCGAAACUUGCGACUCUUUCCAGCGGCGACCCUGUAUCCAUCGAACCUCUGCCCAGGACACAGUCACUAUGGCUGAUCAAGACUUUACCAUUUCGUAUUGAGCCGGUAGCCGACGCGCUCUCAUGGCUCCUCGAAAACACCACCAAUAACGAUGACUUCCUCCACCACGCCGACUCGUACGCCUACCUCAACGUGAUGCAAAACUUUAAUCAGUCGCGACUCUCUGCCUUUGUAUCUCAGCAACAGCCCAUCUUCCACGUCACCUUCGCCGCCGCCGACCUGGCCACCGGGGAUCUGUUUAGCAGCUAUAGCUGCCAAUACAGGGCAUAUGCCGCGGGCCGAGACGGAACCCUGGGGACGCUGACGAGUGUUCCCUUCUUGGAGAGCACGUUGCUUGGAUACCGGACCAUGCUUGGUCGACGCUUGCUACACCCCUGGAUGCGCAAGACCUCGCUCACGACGGGAUGCUGGUAG